CUAAUAAUUAAAAACAGAUUUUCCCUCUUCUAUAGUUUAGUAAUUUACAAUGUCUGGCAUAUUGCUGUGUUGCUCCAGUAUAACUAUUGCCAGUUGGUCCAGUCUGACCACAAAUAAUAUAAAAUGACCAAAACAAGGCGUGUGCUUUAACCGUAAUGGCAGUAACUCUGAAAUGACACACACAUGUGUACAUGUAAUGAUUAUUACAAUGAGCAGUACUUUCCAGUGGUGUGGUAGGCAUAUGGUCAAAAUAGCCCUUCUCAUUUUAAAUGACUUAACUUCGUCAUGUCAACCUAAAUAUAGACUAUAUUUAACCAAAGUUAACUAUAAUCGACUAUAUUAUUUAUCCUGAAGGCCUAACACAUCAGUACCAAUGACUGUAUAUUUAAAAGUUCAUGCAUAUUACUUGCUAUUUCUGCAUUACAAUGUGGUUUAAUCAUCAUAAAAAUAUUUGUAACAUGACAAUGGUAGAGUAAAGUUGUUGAAUGAAACCGAGAUUAGUAUAACAUAUGUUGUUCAUAAAGUAAUUAAAAUUAUAGAGCUCAUUUGGAAAUCCAAACAGCUUGAAUUAUUAAUAACUUUCAUUUAAGAUCUUAGACAAAGAGUUAUAAUAUAUGUGAAUGCAAAAUCGUUGUAUAUUUGCAUAAUAUGGGCAAAGUGUUUUCAUUUCAUUCCAAGUUUUUCAUUUGAAUUUCAUGUGUUUUCAUUUGCAGCAGCAAGAAAUGAGAAUAAGAUAACAAUAAAAAUUUUAUUGUUUGUAAUUGUCAUAUUAUGCACAAAGUACGAACAUAUGAUUUAGUUGUGUGUACCUACAUACAAUUUAGAAUUUAGCCUAUACGUUUGAAUUUCACUUCAGCAAUGUUUAAAAUUUCACAGUAUUUCUUCACAACAAAACGCUGAUAAACAUAAUAGGAAAUACAAUAGAACAAAAUAGAAUCUGUCGCCUUUCGGAUGGAUUUCUAAUGUUGAUUCAUCUAAAAAUCUCUGAAAUGCGUUAUGAAGUAUACAGUAGCUGUUGGAAGUCAAUAUUGUUCUAUGUCAGCGCAUUGGCCCCUGGGUGGCACUGUACUCAAAAGGGAGGAGUUGGUUAAAACAAACUGACUGUAAUGAUAGUCCUUUGAGAAUGACACGUAUGAAAGAUUUGAAAAAUCCAAUUCAUAGCCAUUAGUUGGGCUUACUUUUUCCGGAAGGGAUAAGUAGCCUAUAAUUAGAGCUAACUCGAGAAGUCUACGUGAGAUCAACUCGCGCGCCAUUUAAAGGGGCAGCAUCGAGAGGAGAAAAAAAUAAAUAGACGGAUCAUUGUGGCUUUCCUAAACAUUUACGUUACUGAAGAAUCGGAUGGCACGUAGUCUUUACGGUCUACUCAAGAAGAGGAGGAAAGGAUGGGGAAGGGAAUUUGUUCGAGACGACAGAGAAGAAUAUUUCAGUCUUUCCUGCUUCUCAUCUUCGUCUGCGGGACGCUGUGCGCCUUCAUGAUCUCAUAUGAGAUGCAAAAAGAGCUGAAAAAGACUGAGGCGACGGCUUUGAAGUACCAGCAGCAUCAAGAGUCACUUUCUGCACAGCUGCAAGUGGUAUAUGAGCAUCAUUCUAAGAUAGAGAAAUCCCUCCAGAAAGAAAGACUUGAGCAUAAGAAGGCUGAAGAAGAUUUGCUUGUGUUUAAGCGGGAAUCACAGAAGACCCUCAACAAAGAAAAGCAAGAAUCAACCUAUCGACUAAAUGCUCUGCAGACACAGCAUCAAAUACUGAAGUCCCAGCAUGAAGACUUGAAGAUGCAAUAUUAUGAACUUCAAGAGAAGAACCAGAAUCAAGGGCAGGAUCAUGAACAUGUUCUGGAUGAGCACAGGCUGGAAAUAGACAACCUGCAGAGGGAGAAGGAGGUUGAAAUAUCGAGACUGAAAGAGAAUGUGUACAACCUUCGAGAGGAGAACAGACAGCUGCGGAAAGCUCAUCAGGACAUCUACACACAGUUACUUGAUGUGCAGGAACAGCACAAAAACCUGAAAGCUUCCAAAGAUCAUCUCUCACUCACAUUACAAGACCACAAAAAUGCACUUGUUGCAGCCCAGCUUCAGGUGGAUGAGCUGAGGCGAUUAAAGGAGAAUCGCAAUAAAGCAUCCAGUGCAGGCCGAGCUGCUAAAAUUGAUAAAUUUGCUACUGAACGCACCCAAAGCUAUAUGCUGGAGACAGUAGAACGUCUAAAUGAGGAGCUGCAUAAUAAGCCAAUUCAGGUGGAAGGAUAUGAGGAAAAUGAAAAAGGGUUAUCCCCUCGGGGUGUGCUGGAGAUUGAAAAUAACAAUGCGACCAAAGUGGCAAUGAAGCAGCCUCAGCAAAUUGAUAUUUUUUCUGAGGGAAAUGGCAAGAAAGAGGAGAAAAGCACAUCAAAGGAUAGAGGAGGAGAGGAUAAGGGGAAAAAGGCAGUGAUGGAACAUUCCUUAUCAAACCCAGUAGAGUUGGGCAUUAACCCUCGCAACACGCUAAGCCAAAGCCUGGAGAAACAGACACAGACAGAGCCACUUCACAGAACCAAAGUACACUUUGAGGCUUUGGAUACAGUGAUCGCUGGGAAUACUGUCCAAUCACACUAUAUUAUGGCUGGACAAGAUGAUGUAAAGGAGACUCAAAAGCAUGACAAGGGCAUAGGAGAAAAAAAACUGAACGCUGUGAAUGAGGGUAACAACCAGAACGAAGAUGAAUUUGAAGAGGCAGAAGAAGAAACCGAAUACAAGACCAAUGUGAAUGAGAUCAGGCCUGAAGAGGAUGAGCAGCUUGUGGUGGCAGGCAAUCCAGAGCAGCAAGAGGACCAACCAGAUGAGGAAUAUGAGGAUGAUGUAGAGGAUGAGACUCUUGAUGACUCAGUGCAUGACAGACAGAAGAGAGCAGAAGAGGAAGAGAGUGAAGAUGAUCCCUACAGUGAGCGUAAUGGAGCACAGGGCCAUGAAUGAAUACACAGAAGCUGAAAAUGAUGCCAAUCAGAUGGAGAGUUUCCAAGAAAAAAACGAUAAAAAGAGGAUUGAAGAAGAUCUUGGGGAAAGCAAUCAAAAGCCUGAGAUGUGAAGGGGACUGAUUCUAGUGUCUGCUGAGUGGCUUUACACAUCUCUUCUAGCAGAAAACUAAAGUGCAACAACUGUGAUCCCUUGUUUUCCCCCCAAGAAGUGACUACUUGUGCAAGUGCCUUUUACUUCCAAGUACAAGGAGUUGUUUAGCAUUUAUAUUUAAUCAAAGCAUUGUAUCUUCUUGAUCUUUCUAAGGCGAUAUGAACUGGCACCCUGCUGAAUGAAAAUAAGUCAACUUUUAAUUUCUUAUGUCAGGGAGAAAUAUUCCAAUUAAUCUUCAGUUCAUUCUUUACACUUAUUAAAAGUAGUAAAGGGACUGAAAUUACAACAAAGUUGAAGAAGAAAAGAAACAUUUAACUUUUUGUCUGGUGUAUUACUUUCUUCUGAGAACUUAAUGCACAUCUGGACUUUCCCUAAAAAAUUGUGUUGUGUUUGUGUUAUUAUAAAAUGAAAUGUAUAGGAAACUUAAAUAAUUUAAAAAUGUGGACAUAAAA